UCUGCCUUCGAGCCCGUCCCAUGUCGACUCUCCCUGCGCGAAACCGGUUGCGAGCGAUUCAGCCAGGAGCUCAGGCACUUAAAACCGCGUGUGGCUGCCUGAGGCGCCAGUUGUUGGGUUGGCAUCGCACAGUGAACGCUUCAUUCCACACAGUCGACAGACGUUCAAACCUUCAAGAUGGCAUCAAAGAACGCCAGCGAACAGUUUUAUUUAUGUUACAGAUUGAUCCCGCGUUCGCGUUCCUUGCUCGUUUUGUAGCUGCCAGUAUGAGUCAGGCUCCAGCCAAAACUGAGCCUAGCUCACGAGGACAAAGUCUCCCAGUACACAGCGUUGGCCGUAUUCCUGAAGAGGCUAGUGCGUCGACCACUCCACCUUCGGGCACACAUCGGAAAAGGUCGCGAAACGAUUGCUCCGAUUCUGACGUCAAAAACCAAUGUGCGUCUGCUUCGGCGUCCCCGGCCGCAGUUGAGUCUGCUGAAGAUUUGGCGAAUCGGGCUUGGCAUGCUGUCAAGAAGGACAUUCCUUGGUUCCCCUGGAACUGGGAGAAUCUGUGCGGGACGCUGCACAGUACUGUAAACGGGGAAAUGGGGCUCCUCACCUGCCCUCUGUGCACAAAAUCUGUUGAGACAAAGCGUACAGAUAAGAAAAAAGCGUGGUCAGUUUUGGAUUUCUCAAAACACGUACAGGAGUGUCUUAUAUCUCGAUUUUAUAAACGUGUAUUCGCUGGCAAAAGUCCAACUCAGGCUGAACUACGGGAAUACUUCAUAGAUGCUUAAGAAUAAAGUGACUGCGUGUCGUGCAAUAAUUUAA